UCUUUCAAAAGAACUUAGAAUCCACUAUUGACAUCAUGAACUGUUGUUUUCGUUUCGAUUCUGUUACAGAUUCAUAAGCUUCAUAGAUCUAGUUAGAUCUAUAGGCUUUAAUAAGUUUAACAUAGAUCUAAGUCGUCGAUGGAAUCAUGUUUGCAUUCAGGAUUUCCAGGCCUUUACCGCUAGUUUGUUUUCAACUGAAAGGCUCUGGUCUCAAGGUCGACUAUGCGAAUAAGAACUGUAACUACGCAUCACUAAAUUUAAGCGCUAUUAAAUUUAAACUUCUCAGUUACAACGUUCAUCAAGCAAACAACAGUUUGUCUCGGAAAUAUGAUCAAAAAAAUAUUGCAUUUAACAGAAAAUUCGUACACAACUCUUCUGGCACAGAAAAGACAAAUCGAACUGUCUUCUUUAGGCUAACACAGUUUAGUAAAUUCGCGUUUGCUGGUCUCCUGGGAUUCGGAGCUGCAUAUCUCUUUGAUGUCUUAGGAGUGUCUGGUGUGCCCAAGUCAAAAGUUUAUGCUGACAGUAAUAAUAAAAACAAUUUUAUUGCAGAUGUUGUGCAAAAAGCAGGACCAGCUGUAGUAUUUCUUGAAAUUAAAGGAAGACACCCAUUUACUGGACGGCCAGUGACUUUAUCAAAUGGCUCAGGGUUUAUUGUUAGAAGCAAUGGAAUCAUUCUUACAAAUGCUCAUGUUGUUGCUAAUAAGUCGACUGUCAGUGUCAAGCUACAGGAUGGACGAGUCAUGGAGGGUCAAGUGACAGCUGUGGAUCCAAUCUCAGAUUUAGCAACUGUGAAAAUUACAGCAAACAAUUUGCCUAUCAUACCUCUGGGAACCUCAUCAACCAUUCGUCCAGGUGAAUGGGUCAUUGCCAUGGGGAGUCCUCUGUCUUUGAGCAAUACUGUAACCUGUGGCAUAGUCAGUAGUGUUCAACGUGCCAGUAGAGAAUUAGGAUUACGGAAUAAAGAUAUGGAUUACAUACAAACAGAUGCUGUCAUAAAUUUUGGAAAUUCAGGUGGACCUCUUGUCAAUUUGGAUGGUCAAGCCAUUGGUAUAAAUACCAUGAAAGUAACAACUGGAAUUUCCUUUGCUAUUCCUUCUGACUAUGCCAUCAAGUUUCUUGUGAAGGCAGAAGAACUUAUGAAAAAUGGUCAAAGAGAAAAUGGUUUCCUAAAGAGACGCUACAUGGGAAUCACAAUGCUGACCUUGACAGAAAAUGUCAUGCGGGAUUUAAAAAAUAAUAUCAAGAUGCCCAAUUUUCCUGAUGUAGAUGGAGGUGUCUUUGUGUACAAGGUCAUCCCAGGCUCUCCUGCACACAUUGGAGGCAUUCUCGCAGGUGACAUUAUCAUUGAUAUAAGUGGCACUCCCAUCAAGUCAGCUGCUGACGUAUAUGAUGCCGUGGAGAAAUCUGAUUAUCUUAAGGUGACACUCAUCCGCGGAAGUGAAAAAAAAGUGAUCCCUAUUGACACCAAGCAAACUAUUUGAAGAUCAAGCUAAGGACCUAUAGAUUAUGUUGUGAAUCUGUACAUAGAAAAAUAUAUUUAUAAAACAUGAUACAAUAUUAAUGUCAUCACUAGAAAAAAAAAAAUGGCUGUUGUUUUAUGAAUCUUAUGAACUGUAGUCACAGUUCUAUCCUUGACUCCAUAAUAAACAUUUGGAAUUGAAGAA